CGAUACACACACAGGGGCGGUCGUAAUUGCAGUCAGAAACAUCCAGAAAAAUCCUGGUGUGCGUACGCCCUGAGAUAAGCCGGGCAGCUCGAGGUAUGGGGAUUGUACGGACAGAUAUAUGUGCGACUUUCGUGGAUGGUCCUCAGGGUGAAGAAGACACAGAUCGGCGCCGCACCGUGGCCAAGGGGGGGGCUGGUCUGGGAGAGAAAGGCGGUGAAGAACUUGUGGAAAGGGGUGAUGAAGGUGUUGAUAAGGCAGGGCCGGGUUCACCUCACCCAUUUCAGAUGUCGCUGGACGCAAGCUUACCUGUAAUGUCUGCACCCUCCCCACCUGAUUCCCUGCCGUCUUUCCUCCCUCCCUCUCGUACAAGUGAGGGCUGUGAGCCCGACGGUGCGGGUUUCGCCUUGGAAGAUCUAGGUGCAAUGCCGCGACGACAUGCUGAUGCAGCUGGCAGUGCUGCUAGUAAGAAUUCAUUGACACCCCCUCUUGCUAGCAGAGCUAACGGGACCGCAAUCACACACCCUUCUGACCGUGGUGAUGUUGAUCGUGUGGAUCCGACGGGUGAGGUGCUGCAGGUGGGUCAGGAGUGCAAAAGACCCGAGCAGGCAGCUGGGUCACCCUCUGUGGGCACAUCAUCACUGUUGUCAUCCUGUAUAUCUGGACCCAGUCAUUCUCCUCAUCGCAGUUCCUUCUCAUCUCCUGGCCAUUCGCCCGAUCAACGGCCAUCGCCUUUGCCAAGACGAUCGUCAUCGUCUAAUAAUAGCCCUUCGUCUCCUGCAAAGCCCAAACGGUCACUUUUCAAAUUUACAUUUCCUAAGCCUGCCGGCAGCCCACAAAAUGUUCCCAACUCAUGUUCUCCAGGCGGAAGUUCGACAGCAACCAGUGCCGGUAUUACAACAGCAUCACCCAGCGCUCGGCGCGGUUCGUCGACGCUUUUCCCGGGCUCGCCGCGACCUGAUGAGGGAAAAAGAGUGAGAAAAGACGAUGACGGUGAAAGACAUGAGAGACUAGAAGGGAGUGGAAGCUAUGUGGAGGGGGUGAGCACACUUCAGCAUCAUGGUGGGAGGGCCACCCUGUCAUCCUGUGCUAUGCCAACCCACGUUGAAGCUUUGAGCACAGAGGGUUGUGACCGGGGGAGUUGCGCUAGCUUCCAGAUGGCAUCACCUUCCUACCCGUCUCCAUCUCUUCCUCCACCUGCAGCGUCCUCCUUGUCAUCAUCGUCAGGAGCGGCCGUGAAUCUCUUUCCGUCAAUGAGGCCAAACACCGGUCUUACCAAUGAGAAGAUGGUGUACGAACUCUUGCACAAUCCUGACUGGCAGUUACCGGCGGGCCCAGGUCGGAGCGGAGGAGGUGCUCACAGCAGCAAGCCAAACUCAUCUUCAGGUUCCAAUCCCGCUGAGGCGAAGUCGGAUGGCAGGUCUCCAGGGGAAGGUCGCAGUAGCAAAGGUCCCGCCAAAGGGCCUGCAGGGGGCGAUGGGCAGAAAUUACUAAUUGCUGGUUCGUUAUCCGAGCUGCAUGCAAGAGUUCGACAGAUUAUGGAGGAUGCUUUCUGGGAUAGUUUGCGGUUCCACUUGUUGAGCGAUCCCCCUGACUUCUCGCGUGUUGUGAAACUUGUGGAGGAGAUUCGCGAAGAGUUGCUAGCGCUGGCGUCAGAGCGGAUGAAAGAGGAAAUAUGUGUUAAGAUGGACACUAAGGUGUUGACUGAUCGUCUGGAAUCCUCAAGGCUCGAUUUUGGGUAUAUGAGUGGUCUCCUCGACUUUGUCGCGGACUUGAUGCUCAAACUGGGGGCGCCGGCAAGAGAUGACGAGUCACGUUCCGAGCAUCAAAGGCUUCUCCAGGAGCUUUCGGCAUCAGUCAAUCUGGCUGCGAUUACACAGGAUGGGGAAUUGGAGGAUGCUGUAGCUGCAGAGCAGAAAGCAGCAGCAGCGAAGAAGGCCUUCGCAGAUGCUGUUGUCAAUGGGUUCCGGUUUGUUUUUGAUCGUUUGCAGGUCCUGAAGCUGGAUAUCAGUAACGCCCGGCUGAGGGCAGUGUCACGCGUGAUCAACAGCGCUGCAGGCGUUGGAUAUCUGCGCAUGCAGUUUGCUAAGCAGCAUCGGCUCCAGGGCCCCGAUGACGAUGAUGGUGGUCCCCCCUUGACUGAUCGUGGCCCCCCCUUGGCGGAUGGUAGAGGUUUGCCGGUGUUCGAUGCAGCCCUGCUUCAUCGCCAACCUAGCCCUCUCGAGUGGCGGCCGAGAAGCGAUCAGAGGGAGCAAAUAAGGAGCAGGCUUGUCCGCACGUGCCAGUGGAUGACAGAGAUUGCAGAAGAGAUUGGGCGAAUACGGGAGGAGGUAGAUGUAGCAGUUGGGGAAAUGGCCGUGCAGCAGAAUAAUGAAUCUAUCGAGCAGGAAGCAAGUGGUGCUGCCACUAGGAGCAGUAUUAAUAGCAAUGUGCAUCACGAAGGCGCUGCUCGAUCAUCCUCACUGACCCCUCUCAACGUUCCGGCAGCAAUGCGCACAGGCGUUCGUGGGCUUGUCAAGGACCCUAUGCUUGGAGCAGGUCCAGGUUCUCUGCGCGCAUAUACGGAUUCCGUGGAAGCCGGACUGCUUGAGGCAAAGCCUGGAAGCUCCUCAGGUGGCAAAGACCCGUUGAUGGAAAGCGCAUCAUUCAAUUGGCAGUCGGUGGAGACUGUUGUGCAAGUGGGACUGGUGAUGAUCGUUCGACGUGCAGAGGGAGCCGAGGAAGGACGGUUGGCAGAGACUCUGCGGCUGGAGGUGGUCCGGAUUCGGAACUUGCAGGAUCAGUUCCAGCGUGCCCUUGUAACUGCUGCAGGGUUGCUUAUGGUCCAGCAGGUACUUGUGAGUCGAGGUUACAGUGCUGGUUCCGACAUGAGUGCCAUUCUGUCAAGGGGCAAAGCCGAAAUGUCGCAGGUGCUGGAUGACCCGACGGCUUCUGUGGACAAGAUUGGCAGGCUCCUGGGUGACUUGGUUGUCACUGCUGGUGAAAUGAUGGAAGCCUUGUCGACGGGAGCACGAAGCUCUGGCGCUACUUCAAGCCAGGGCAUGGGAGGCGUUAUGGCUGAGGCAGAUAUGAUGACGAGGAUGCUUGCACGCGCUCUGCAGCCAGAGGAUUUGGUAUUCAAACGCAUGGUUGCAGCGAUCUCCACGGCGGUCAGGUGGCUGGUACUCCUUGAUGGAGGUAAGCGAGGGCCAGGUCAUCGUCGAGCAGCCAAUGCGCUCCAGCGAGCAGGGGCCACCCUGCUCAUGGACAAGGUCGAGGAGUUGGCAUCUGGUAUCCGAAAGACAGCUAAGCUCAACGCCAUUGUGUACGAGCCGUGGUACUGUGUGUGCUUGCCGUGAGCAUGACAGCAUUAUGGAGAGCAGUGGGGAGAAUGGUGACCGGUUUGCUGCCGAACGAAUAAUCGAGGAGCAGUCCAUGGAUCUUUCCAUCGUUGCAGGAGAGGUGGAUGUUGCGGACCUAGCUGGCAGCCUGAGAUUGCUAAGCUCAACGCGCCUGUGUACGAGCCAUGGUAUCGUGUGUGCUUGCCGCGAGCAUGCGAGCAUUGUGGAGAGCAGUUGGGAGAGUGGUGACUGGCUUCAAGUUGGCAGGCUAAGGAACACGGCCACCUGUCGAAUGAAAUGAUGGAGAAGCA